AUGGACCCAAAGAUGGUUGUGUUGUCUAGUCUUAAUCGUGUAAAGAAGAAGCUAAACAUCUACAGUCCUGUGCAAGACUAUGAAUCUGGAUGGUCAGCUUUGUGGGAUGCAGGAGAAAGCAAUAUUUGGGAUCAAGGGAAAGCGUCUCCGGCCUUAGUUGAUCUUGUUGAAGGAGCAGGUGAACUCUUCGACCCAUUUACCAUACAAGGAACGAAGAAGAAUGUUGUAGUUCCGGGCUGUGGUCGAGGAUACGACGUAGUGAUGUUAGCGCUUCAUGGGUUCAACGCAUAUGGUCUCGAGAUAUCAGAUACUGCCGUUAAAGAGGCUGAGGCAUAUGCAGCAACGCAAAUGUCUCAUUCAUCCGCCUAUCAUUUUGGGAACGAGCAAUCGCGGUCUUCUUCGCCGGGUACGGUGACUUUCUUGGAAGGGGAUUUCUUUUCCUCCACCUGGGAUUUCAAAGGAGAGCCCAAUGGAAUGAGGAAAUUUGAUAUGGCUUACGAUUAUACUGGCCUUAAUGGGGUUUAUUGGAAUCUUUUGGUGGAAGGAAAAGACGGUGGAAUCGGAGGGAAGGAGAUAGGUGACGACGGCAAGGAAAUGAACUCGAAUCAACCCGAUGACGGUGAUUCUCGCAAAAUCGGCUACAUGAAGCCAACUCGAUCCUAUGAACAGAGUAGAGGGACAGAUAUGCUCAGCAUGUAUAUCCGGAAAUAA